UGCGCAGCGGGCGAUGUGAAAUCACGUUUCGCUUCUUUUAUCUAGCUAAUAGAUUCCUAAACUUGCAUCGUUAAAGACUCUCAAAAAGAACUGAAAAACUUGCACAAAUACAAAUCAAUAAACAACAUUCCUUGCUACUGAUAGAAGAAAAACUCUAUAUAGAUGUCCAUGUUUUUUAUAUAGACAUUUUUGAAGCAAAAUGCCGGUAUCCUUUACAGAAGAAACUUACGUUUUCAGACUUUGAGAACAGGAAAGGUGUUUAUUACCUUUAAUAAAAUAUAAGGCAUGACACUGAUGUGGAUGGUGCUAUUUUGGAUCAAACUGGAUUUGUGGGCAAGAUCAGCUAAAGCUGGUGUGCCAGGCAUAAAAAUCAAGUCAGCAAGUAAUUUAGAUGAUACGACAGAAUUUCCAGAAAUCCAUGCUGUCGUUGGCUCUACAAUCUAUCUACCUUGUCCCUUGAGUCCACCUUCCAGCGAUGACGCAGUUGCUCUCGUCUUGUGGUACAGGAUGGAUCUGGCCAAUCCCAUCUACACUCUCGACGCCAGGAGUGUUCCAUCCGAUGCCAAACAUUUUUCCAGUAAAAUCCUCGGGUCGAGAGCUUACUUCAACAUUAGCAAAGGAGCUUCAGCACACAUUAGGCUCGAGCCUGUGGAAGAAGAUGACGAAGGAGAGUACAGGUGCAGGAUAGACUACAAACGAGGAAGGACAUUAAAUCGUUUAGUAAAGCUAAAUGUCAUAGUGCCUGUGAGAAAUGUCAUUAUUAGAGGAGUUGGGAAUGUAACUUAUAGUGGAGUAAUAGGGCCUUUCACUGAAGGAGAGAGACUUGUUCUCAUUUGUGAAGCUGUGGGAGGGCGUCCGAUUCCGAAUGUGGUGUGGCGGCAGGGGAAGGCCGUUCUUCCUGGAUCCAUCUCCAGGAACGAGCAGGGUUGGAUCAGGAACGAGAUUGUCUUCGAUCGAUUACGAAGACAAGAUUUAUUAACCGAAUUACUCUGUCAGGCUUCCAACAACAACUUCACAGCCCCCGUCUACUCUUCCGUCACCAUCGACCUCAAUUUGAAGCCCCUGACAAUUCAGAUCACCAACCCUCCGAAAAUCCUAACUGCUGGAGACAUUCUGGAGUUGAAUUGCCAAAGCGAAGGAUCCAAGCCACCAGCCCAAAUCACCUGGACCAAAGGUACAGAGAGUGUCACCCACCUGGCCAUCCACAAUGUAUAUGGCAGGAUCUCCGUGAGCAGUCUAACUCUCAAGCUUACACCUGAUGACAAUGGCAAGCAGCUCACUUGCCUCGCUCAAAAUCCGCAUUUACCGGAAAGUGCCUUAUUUGAUAGCCUUAACCUUACAGUACAAUUUACACCAGUGCUCACCUUAGUAUUUGGUGCUAGUGUCCAGUCUGAACAUAUCCGGGAAGGCAGCGACGUGUACUUUGAGUGCAACAUCCAGGCCAACCCCCCUGUCACAGUCGUCCGGUGGAGGUUUCAGUCCCAUAUGCUGGAACACGCUCCACACGUCGGCAUAGUGAUCAGAAACCACUCUCUGCUGCUUCACAACGUCACCCGGAGGAACAGGGGCGUGUACCAGUGUGUAGCAGAGAGCAACUUGGGAAGAGGUAAAAGUGAGGAAGUCAUGCUCAGGAUACAACACUCCCCCAUUUGCAUCCCACGCCAGCAACGUAGGUACGGCAUUGCUUGGCACUGGAAAAGCAACCUGUCGUGCGCAGUGGAGGCUGACCCAAACGAAGUGUUCUUUACGUGGACACUCAACAACAGCACUUUAGUCCGAGAAACACCGGGCGUUCCCAUCCAAGGGGGAUCAAAAAGUGUCCUCGAAUAUCACCCAGUGACGAAGACGGAUUAUGGAACGCUUCUGUGUCACGCGACCAAUGCUAUCGGGCCCAUGCGGGAGCCGUGCGUGAUGACUGUCGUGGCAGCAGGUCCUCCACCACCCCUUCAAAACUGCCUUGUAACGAACCAGACAACGAAUUCUUUGUCAGUGUCUUGCGAGCCGGAUGAAACUUCCAAACAACCCACUUACCACCUGGAAAUGUACGACAUGAAAGGGGAGCAGAUAAUGGUCAACAUCACAUCACGACAUGAACCUUACUUCUAUGUACACGGACUCCCAGCAGGGUCUACGUUCAUUGUUGCUCUUUACACAACUACCUCUAAAGGAAGAAGCGAAACUGUUGCUCUGACAACAAACACAUUGAUUGCAAAUGAUAAGAGUCAAACUUCAGACACGGGAAAUUUAAUGAAUAUCAUCAUUGUGUCAUCUCUUGCAAUCCUGGGAACCUUGACACUUCUGGCCAUCGUUGCAGGAAUCAUUGUAUUUAGGAGUAAAGCGGAACCCACUGCGCAUGAGGCUGCAACAACAGAAACUGAACUGACAGAAAAGUGA